AUGUUACCAGAAGCAUGCGUAGCCAACAUCAUUUCCUUCACAUCUCCGGCGGACAUAUUCUCGUCAUCGGCAGUCUCUCCGGUUUUCCGGUUAGCCGGAGACUCCGAUUUCGUAUGGGAAAAGUUUCUGCCUUCCGAUUACAGAAGCCUCAUCUCUCGAUCCACUGAUAAUCAUCGGAGUUUUUCAUCGAAAAAGGAGAUUUAUCGAUGUCUUUGUGACUUUCUUCUCAUUGAUAAUGCCCGAAAGAUGUUCAAGAUCAAUAAAUUCUCUGGAAAAAUUUCGUAUAAUUUAUCAGCAAGAGAUAUUUCUAUAACUUGGAGCGACCAAGCAUCGUACUGGUCUUGGAGCAAUGUCUCAGAUUCUAGAUUUCCGGAGUCGGCUGAGCUUAUAACAACGGAUCGGUUAGAAAUCAAGGGAACAAUCCAAACCGGGAUUUUAUCACCAGACACAAGAUAUGGAGCAUAUCUCAUCGUGAAAGUGACUAAACACGCCUACGGACUAGACCUAGUUCCGGCAGAGACCUCGAUCAAAUCUAAGAAUGGUCAGAUUAGCAAGAACACAUCUUAUCUAUGUUGCGUGGAUGAGAAGAAACAACAAAUGAAGCGGUUGUUUUACGGAAAUCGAGAAGAGCAAAUGGCAACGGCGGUCGGUGGGGACGGGAAAAGGAGGGAGCCGGAAGGUAGAGACGACGGGUGGAUGGAGAUUGAGUUAGGAGAGUUUGAGACACGAGAAGGAGAGGAUGAUGAGGUCACUAUGAGUCUCACAGAAGUUAAAGGUUAUCAGUUGAAAGGUGGCAUUGUGAUUGAUGGUCUCGAAGUGAGGCCUAAGUCUCUGAAUUAG